UUCCCUCCUAAAUAAACCAAUUAUUUUUGUAUUCCAUGUCCCAAGUCUUUGAUUUAUUUUAGUCUAUUUUGUUUGCCUGAAGUUGGUAGCGGAAUAUUGCCACCAUGGUAAAUAGUGAAAUUUCCCUAUCUCGAACAUCUUAAAAAAUUUGCUAGCCAAUCAGAUAGCUACAUUAGUAUCUAAUAGAUACUAAACUUAGGAUAUCUCGUUAUAAGAAUGGACUGUGGAAACCGGCCUAAAAGGAAGUUGCGUUUUCAUAUACCUAUAUAACAGUAUAUAUAUUGUGGCGCUACUGUAUAUACCGUGCCGCCACCAAAUUUUCUGACGCAAUCUUCUUGGAUCAGCGUGCGGAAGUGAAAAUUGAUAUCACUUCAUUAAAGUUUCCUCGCAUGCUUUAUGUCGCUUAAUUUUACGAUAAAUAGAGAGUAUUCUUUAUCCAAAACGAAGGCGCUCCAUAAUCGAAGAAAUGACGGAAGAGGAUUCGGUAUUUGAUCCAACUCUGAAGAAAAAGAAAAAGAAGAAGAAGACUACAUUUGACAUUGAUGCAGCUUUUAAUGAAGGAAGCAGCGGUGGUGAUGCAACUGAAAAUGUUGAUAAAGAAAAUCAGGAGCCUGAACCAUCAGUCGUUGAGGAUGACGAGGCACUGGACUUGGAAAAUUUUGGCAAAAAGAAGAAGAAGAAGAAGAAGGCAUUUAAUUUGGAUGAAUUAGAAGUUGCUCUACCUGAUACCAAAAAAGAGGAACCUGUAGAGCAACAGGUUGAGGAGAUUGUGGUGGAUGAUGAUUUUGACUUAGAUAUGGACUUUUCAAAGACGAAGAAGAAAAAAAAGAAGAAGAAGGAUCUCGAUGAAUUAGUGGCUGAAGAGGAACGCAAGGAGACUGAAGACAAGGAGAAUGGCUGCACUGAAUCUGAGCGAAGUGCAGAGUAUGUGGAGGAACCAAGUUUGUGGGUGGGUUCGGACAGGGACUACACGUACGAUGAAUUGCUAUUUAGAGUGUUUAACAUUAUGCGUGAGAAAAAUCCUGACAUGGUGGCCGGCAAGAAACAGAAGUUUGUCAUGCGUCCACCACAAGUGGUGCGCAUUGGAACAAAGAAAACGUCUUUCGCCAACUUCACGGAGAUUUGUAAAACAUUGCACAGACAGCCGAAACAUUUACUGGACUUUUUGCUGGCCGAGUUGGGUACGAGCGGUUCAGUUGAUGGUAAUAGUCAGUUGAUCAUUAAAGGCCGUUUCCAACAAAAGCAAAUAGAGAACGUUCUUAGAAGAUAUAUCAAGGAAUACGUUACGUGUCAUACGUGCCGGUCACCAGACACAAUCCUUCAGAAGGAUACUCGACUCUUCUUCUUGCAAUGUGAAACUUGCGGUUCAAGAUGCUCGGUCGCUAGCAUUAAAUCUGGAUUCCAGGCUGUCACGGGAAAACGCGCUGCUAUUCGUGCGAAAACUGCCUAAGCAAUUUUCUACCUAAGAAGAUGCUAGUGCAAAAUAAAAUGCUAUGGAAUAUAAAUAAACAGUUCAAGUAAUUGCAUCUCGAAUUGAAUUUAAUACAAGAGUGUAGAUAGUAUUAUAAACUAUCAUAAAUUUAAUAUCGAUCGCAUAGUGUAAAGAAAAAAAAAACUGAAGAUGCUUUAGGUCACAGGAUUCUUAGCUUUCUAAAGAUCUUAUGCAUUGAAAUUUUGGAGUUCCAUGUUCAGUGAAUUGUAAGACAUUGGAUUUUCUUACACGUUUUGAUUUAAAGAUUUUUGAAUUCUGAAAUCUUGGUGUACCUAAAACUUGCAAUUUUUUUUAUUCCAAGCUAUUUCUGUAAGCGAAUUCUUUUAAGCAAUCUUUAGCGUUUUUUAAACUUGGUAUUAAUAAAUUUCUAGAGAUAAGUUCCUAAAUUGUUUUUUUUAAUUUAAUUUUUGGAAAUUAAAUUUCUUAUACCUAAAAUGCGAGUUUUGCGAGCUUGGUUCAAGUCUUUUUCAAAUUUCGUGUCUUAUGUUCGAUUCCUAAACAUCACGGUGAAAAAUGCAUAUGAAAAAAAGAAAUGUCAAUCAUCACUGUUAAAAAAUAUGUGAAUCAUUAAUCUUCAGUUUUUAAUUUUUUAUGUUAAUUUAAAAACUGAAUAAAAUUAGUAUCCGCGCGCGCAAUAUUACUCGUUCAUCUACAUAUUGUACAGAGGAUACUGUUUAGAUGUAAAGUGAAGAUGAAUAUCCGAUUGUUAACAAUAUAUCUAAGGAAUAAUUUGUUAUAUUUUCUUCUGUAUGCAGUAACGAAUUACAUUACACAUUAUACAUGUUACAAUUCCAGGAGCACGAGUUCACGAAAUCAAGUAGCAUUCAUAAAAUUGUGCAAACAUCUUGUUUAAAUCUCCGAUAAUAGAGCAUUUUUCGUAAAUAAUUUAUUUAAUUGUAUUUACUAGGCAAUAAAUUUGUCUCGAAUACUUCCGUAUAUUUUCCUGAAUCUGUUUCAUGAAUUUAAUUGAAAACUUUAUCAUACAUGUAUCAUAAAUGCAAUAAAUAAUUAACCG